CUUAUCAAUGGCGAAAACACUCGCACGCGCGGAGAUUUGAAUAAAGCUUGAGAUUCUCGUAUUUCGAGGCUUUAGAACUGUACUUUCAACCUUUUGCUCUUGGUCAAAAACGAACGAACAGUCAAAAGGCAAACUCCAAAUCAUCUUUGUCCAGAGUUCUUUGGAUUGUUAGAAAGCUUAAACCCAUACUACGUUGCAGAAACUCCACAAUUUUUGAACGAUACACUGAAAGUCACUUGAAUCUCUGUUCCUCCGUCACUGUGUUACGAAAACGUUAAAACUGCCGCUCCCAAACAUUCGCUGCGAUGGCCACCUCAUCGAUACUCGCCAAAAGCACAAUUAACAGCACCUCGCCAUCGGCCACGCCCAACAGCACCUCCUCCGCCUCCACAUUGACCACCAGGAAGCGAACCUACGAGACAGCUAUUGCCAUGCCCUCGUCCAGCGUCACAAAGGGAUCGGAAGUCCAGGAACAGCGCACAAAUACUCCCAGUCUGACCGGAAAGUCUAAAUCGACGGCCGGCCAACUGGAGAGUGUGCUGGUUGUCAACGAGGGAGCCAGUGAGCCCACCACUGCGGCCACCACCCUGCGGGACAGCACGCGCACCAUUUCACAGAGCGACGCCGACGACGGUGGAGAAGCAGCAGCAGCCGAGGACUCGCUGCCCACCAUUGCCGGCGCCUCCACCUCGGAUUACCUCAGCGGCGUCAAGCGCAAAUACGUCCCGCAGCAGCAGUCUUCGCCGGAUCCCCUGAUGGUUCCCGCAUCUACCUCGCAACAGUUCUUCAAAUGCAGCGAUGCCUCCGAUUUCGCCACUAUUUGCAAGCCGGCUCCAUUCUCCCACGAUGAGGAGGCCAUGCGGGAGCGCGAGAGAUGUGACUACACAAAGCGGAUCACCUAUCAGAUGGCCCGCUCAGGACAGACGAACCGAAGGGUGAGGGUCUACGCCGAUGGUAUCUACGAUUUGUUCCACCAGGGCCACGCCCGCCAGCUUAUGCAGGCCAAGAACAUCUUUCCCAAUGUGUACUUAAUAGUGGGAGUGUGCAACGAUGAGUUGACCCAUCGCAUGAAGGGACGUACUGUGAUGAACGGCUUCGAACGCUACGAGGGAGUGCGCCACUGCCGCUAUGUGGAUGAGAUUGUACAGAAUGCACCCUGGACGCUAUCCGAUGAGUUCAUUGCCGACAACAAAAUCGAUUUUGUGGCUCAUGACGACAUUCCCUAUGGAACCGAUAGCAUGGAUGACAUCUAUGCUCCACUGAAGGCGCGUGGAAUGUUCGUGGCCACGGAACGCACUGAGGGCGUGUCUACCUCGGACAUUGUGGCCCGUAUUGUGAAGGAUUAUGAUUUGUAUGUGCGUCGUAAUCUGGCCAGAGGCUAUUCGGCCAAGGAACUAAACGUUUCGUUCCUGUCCGAAAAGAAGUUCCGACUGCAGAACAAGAUGGACGAGCUAAAGUCGCGCGGCAAGCGGGAACUAUCUAAGGUAAAGGUGGACAUCAUUACCAAGUGGGAGGAGAAGUCGCGCGACAUCAUUGAUACUUUUUUGCUAUUGUUCGGACGUGAGAAUCUAAAUCAUUUGUGGAACGAGUCAAAGGGCAAGUUGCUGCAGGCGCUCAGCCCGCCAGGCAGCCCAUCGGGAUCUGUAAACGGCGAUGAUACGGAAGGCGGCGAAGAUUACAGCGAAACCAUUGACGAGUACUUGGAAAUGUCCGAGAAGUUAAGCGAGGGAAGUGGCAGCAGUGGCUCCUUAAAUGGCAAGCAAAGGCCGAACCAACAGCGCUCCUCCCUGGCCCGCCGCAGUUACCAGAGCCUGCAGAGUCGAUCACCAGUUUUGGAUGCUGAUGGGGACGAGGGUGCAGACUACGAACGGCGCAGCGAGUGAUUCUAGUGUCGGACAGCCCGACCUUUUCUUCUUCUCCUACUGUCUUUGAUGCUAUUAUAGAUCGACUUGUUUGCAACUAGUUCGACGGCACAUACUUGAUGCCCUAGGAUCCCUUCCCAGGCUCUACGAACUCAAUUCUAUUUACUCUACCCUAAGAGGUACUGUAAUCCCCUAGUUUUAGUUGGCACUCGUUCUCCUCCUUCCUCCACUCCACACCACCUUCCCAUCUCCAUCUUUGAGAAUCGAGGGAAUCCUGUAGCUAAUUCAGCUGUGUGUGGGACAAGCAACCAACGCAGAAAAGACUCAUUUUUGUAUUAGGCACUCGGCGGAUUGUGCAUAAAAUCGGCGCCGCAGUAGUUCCAGGUGCCGAAAAUAUCUAGAAAUAUUUAUAUUAAAUUAUUUCGCAUAACAUAAAACUAAGUUAACAACACAACAACAAAAACACCAACCAAUAUAGAGAAACCCAAACAAAACGCAUUCGGAAAAUAUAAAAAACAAGAAAAAGUUGGCAAUAGCUGAAUUAUUGCAAAUGCUUUGUUAAAUAUUUUUUGAAAAAUAAACAUUGAAUCGAAAGAAA